UCGUGCUGCCACUGAGAUGAAUGAAUUUAUUCAAAUCUGAUGUGAAUGUCCGGGCCUGAUGGAGUUCCUCCUCCUACCGGCGGGCGUCGCUGUUUCGAGCGUCGACGUGGGCUGCGAGGGCUGGCGGGGACGCGCGCUCUCAGACGCUUACGCGUGCGUGCGAAGCUGCUGCAGUGUGUACCAUCAUGGCAGCAGCGCCGGCGCCCGGCCUGAGCGACCUGUCUCGUCUGUACCAGACGGAGUUCGUUCGUAGCGCCCGUGCGGUGGGCGUGCUGUGGGCCGUGUGCACGCUGUGCUUUGCCGUCAUCCAGGUAGUCAUCCUGGUGCAGCCUUCGUGGAUCGGAACCGCCGACAUCCUCCACCCGGGGACGGGGCCAGCGCCACCCAGCGGCACCCUGGGAUUAUUUGAGGUGUGUCUGGAGUCAGACCGACCGGUUCCAGAUUGCCGCGGCCGUCUGUCCAGCCUGUCCCCUCUACCAUCCUUCCAGUCGGUGGCGGUCUUGGUGGGCGUGUCCCUGUGGGCGGUGUGGACCAGCGUCGUCUGUCUCUGCCUGUUUCGAUUCUGCAGCGCCGCCACUGUCUACAAGAUCUGCGCCUGGCUGCAGCUCACAGCAGGGUUCUGCUUAGCAUUGGCGUGCCUCUUGUUCCCCGACUCGUGGGAGAGUCCGGAGAUGAGAGUCCUGUGCGGCGACUCGGUGGGCAGCUUCUCAUCCGGGAACUGCUCGGUCCACUGGGCCUUUAUCCUGGCCAUCCUGGGCGUUUUGGAUGCCGCCAUCUUGGCCACGCUUGCGUUUGUGCUGGCGAACAGACAAGAUGCCCUCCUACCGCAACUUGGCAAGGAAGUGACUACAGGAUUGCUGAUGUCAGCGUAGACAUUGUGACGCGUCUUCCUCCUCAACGUAAAACAAUGACGUAAUCGUCACUGUGAUAUCAUCAUUGUGUCAUGAGGACCAAUCAGUGUAGUGUUGAAGAUGGAGCUGUAUUUUAUUUUAUUUUAUUUUUUUAUCAGCUUCUUGUGUUCAACAACCACGUCACAUGUUUAGCAGUUAGCAUAGUGAGCUCAUUUCCUUUUCCAACCUCCUUCAUUUGGCGUCAUUAGCACAGCUCACGUGGAUUAAUGGGACAAAUUUGAGCAUUCCUCCCUCCCCUUGAUCAGCCCUAAUGAUGCAAAAUAAGCACAUGCCCAAUUGUGGGAUGCCAUUAAAGGUCAAGUGUCAUGCCUAUAAACAUUCUAAAAUAGAUAUUGUAAUGAAAAAUACAGAUAACAUUCUUCACUUCAAUGUCCAUACGAGAAGAUAAAUAUGAGCGGAGAGCACGUCAUCCAUGCGCAAAGUCUCAUUCGACAUCCAAGUGGUAGCCAUAUUGCCUGCAAUGUCAUCAGCAGAUGUUACACCGGGACAUUCGCCAUUGAAAACAUACGGUGCCACCUGCUAAGGGACACGGAAGCUCUUUUCGAAGAAGAGCACAUCCUACAAUUGAUUGAAGUGACCAGGGCAAUAUUACCCUAUCAUUUCGAGCCAUAUUUAGAUGACAACUAACAACAGACUCCCAGACAGUAUGUAUGAGCCAGCCCGGCUUGUCCUAAGCCGUGCUCGGCACCAACAGGUACCCCUGACUUACGUUACAUUACGUUGUCUCUUUUGUUACAUUCUGAGAGGAUUACGUCCCCCCCCCAACCUCGAUCUAUUCUUUUUUUUAGUAGCUGUACAAACACCUACCUGUCAUUUGGAACCCACGAAGAUCUCGUCGUUUCCACCCAUGGAAUCCAUUUUUCACGAUGAACUGAGUCUUUUUUUUUUUUUCUUUUGAAAAGUAUGAAGAAU